GUUGACGCAGGGAGAGGAGACUUUGUUCCUCCCUGCUCUGAGGAGGUGGAGUUUCUCUCCUCGGUUGUUCCCGUUGUUAGGGAAGAGUCUAGUCGUUAGGGAAGAGAGUCUCCUCGGUGUUUGUGCUUGUUUUUAUUAUACGCGUUAAUAAUGCGCGGCGCAGCAUGAAUCGGCACCAGGACGCACGGGGAGUGAUACUGACCGGGUACAUCAGCAAUAGCCAGGCUGCUUUCUCUCCUGUGUGCGCGCCUGCUGUGAGCUCCGGGGACGAGCCUGAAGCUCCAGGACCGAGUCGAAAGCCGGCUCACUGUAAUGUGCAGCGGACACGAGCGGUGUCAUCGGGCACUAGGCCGCCGUACCAGCGCCGCAGCUCUCAGGACUCGCUGGACGAAUUGGCCAUGGACGACUACUGGAAGGAGAUGGAAAUUAUCCAGCACAGCGACGCCGAGCCUCAGGAAGAGGUGCAGCUCAAAGUAGCCGACGAGGGCGAGCAGGAAGAGGCGUGGCUAACAGAGGCGGGUCUCGCGACUCUGUUUGACGAGUCGGUGAGUGACGACGACGACGGUAAGGUCCUGCUAUCCACGUUGACGCGCACGCAAGCCGCCGCCGUGCACAAGCGCCUGGAGACGCUACGCAAACGCAACAAACCCCACAGCGUCCCCGACGUCAGGGACAUCUUCAAACCUCAGGACACCAAGGACGAUGAAUCCAAGUCCAGAGGAGGAAGUGAGAAUACAAAAAAGGAAGAAGAAACAUCGUCUGGAAACGGCGAGGGCGUGGCCGACACAGAGACGGACAUCGACCAAGAGGUGUCGUUCUCUGAGCAGGCGCUGACCUACAAGGAGGGGUCAAAGGUCACACCGCCUGUAGACGAGGCUGACGACAGGCUACCUGAUUUCAGGGUAGUGAGAGAUAAGACAGGAAUGACUAAAGUGGGCGAUCUGUCCCCGGCUGACAUGAAGAAAGUCCACCGUCUCAUCCUGAUCGAAGUGAGCGCUCUGUUCGACACGGCCGCCAUCGACCUCAAGACCCACAAACCUCUCCGGAUAAAGGUCAAAGAGUCUGGAUUGUUUGGGGUUCCUCUGACAACGCUGUUAGAUCAGGAUCAGAAGAUGAUGCCAGGGACCCGCGUGCCAAUCAUACUUCAGCGGUUAAUUUCCCACAUAGAAGAUGAAGGGCUGGACACUGAGGGGAUCCUGAGGGUCCCUGGAGCAGCCACCAGAGUGAAGGCUGUGUGUCAGGAGCUGGAACUAAAGUUCUACGAUGGCUUGUUUCCCUGGGAGAAUCUUAAGCAGCACGACGCAGCGAGCGUGCUCAAGCUCUUCAUCAGAGAGCUUCCUCAUCCUCUCCUGACGGUGGAGUACUUCAGUGCUUUCUUCUCUGUGCUCAAAUUCCCGACAAAGAAGCAGCAGCUCCAGGCACUCAAUCUGCUCGUGCUUCUUCUGCCGGCGUCCAGCAGAGACACCCUCAAGGCGCUGUUGGAGUUCCUGCAGCGAGUCAUCGACCACAAGGAGCGCAACAAAAUGACGCUGAAUAACGUCGCCAUGGUGAUGGCGCCCAACAUCUUCAUGUUUAAAGGAUUUCGGAGCAAAAUCACGGGUCAGCAGGAGUUCACCAUGGCGUCAAGCAUGGCCAACAUCGUCAGGCUGCUCAUACGAUACCAGGACCUGCUCUGUACCAUCCCGAAGUUUGUGAUGACUCAGGUGCGGAAACAAAACAUGGAGAGAAAGAUGAACCGAGAAAGAGCGGUGAAAAAACUGCUGAAGAAAAUGGCCUACGAUCGCGAGAGGAACAGCGAGAAAGUAGAGAAGAACACUGAGAUGGAUGGGAGCUUCAUCAGGGUCCAGGCUCCACAAUUCUCAAAGGUCUCUAUGGCGGUGGAGCUGACUGAAGAGCUCCGAGCAUCAGACAUUCUUACACGCUUCCUCAGCCAGGAGAGUUUCAGCUCACUUCUGGUGAAGAGAGAGGAUCUGUAUCUAUAUGAGAUCGGAGGGAACAUCAAGGAGCGCUGUCUGGAUGAAGAAACGUACAUGAAAGCCCUCUUGGAGCUCAACCCCACAGCCGAGUGGGUCAUCAAGUCGGUCCAGCGCUAACGUUCGUUCCACGACCUGCCAAACAAAUGACUGACCAAUCACAGGCGAGCGCGAGAUUAAAGGGAACGUAACAUUUCUUCCACAUCGUCUCCCAUAGGCCGUACCGUCUGCUCUGCACUUUGUAACUGCGUCGGCGUAGAACGUCGUCUCGGGAAUGUGAUUUUUUUUAAAUGAGUAAUUUGUGAUUUAAUACGAACACGACAGAUCAGUGAAUACUUGACACGAGCGUGUAACGGGGAAGAGAAGACGCCGAAGGGAGAAUUAAUCAGCGCUGAAAAUCAUCAACAUUUCAUUUAUUAUCCGUGACUGAUUAGUGUUCUGUUUGUUCUUUCUGUUAGCAGUACUGUACUUCGGGGGAAACACUGCCAAAAUCAUCAUAUAUUUAAAACACUGAGCGUUAACGUACGUCACAGUGAACACACAGUGGGCGUAAAGGUGGCUCAGAUAGCCAAAAUAAACUAGAUUAUAAAC